AUGGGCAAGGCCAAUACCUAUUGGCCACUGGUACCGCUUGUCCUUUUUGGCUGCUCAUUGCUACUCUGGGGCAACUGUGGCGAAGAAGUGGCACCGGUCCAGGGCGCCAAGCCCUUCUUGGCAUCGUCGCCUGAGGAAGGCGCGUUCGAAAGCGCGGCGACAGCUCCGCGCCGGCGGCGUCUGCCACGCAGCCCACCAAAAGCCAGGGUGGCAAACAGAAAGUCCGACCUGGCCAGCGCACUACAGCAAUGGUUCUUGCAGAUCAGCCAGCACACCAUCGGCCUUCUCUCGCAGGUUCGCGCUAUCGGGCAAAGGCUCGACGAAGAUACCGAAGCUGCUGUGCGCGAGAUGCGCAAUAUCCCUGCCGAGCAACCGUCCGAGGCGACCGCAUCUCAGGUGGAGUCGGCAGUGGCGGCCUUAGGACCCGUGUGGACCUCUUUCCAAGAACAAGAGGUGAUGCAAAUGGCAGCCAGGCUUCGUGCAUUCAGUACAGUGAUGCCUCCUCAGGGUGGUCUGAUUUCAACACCAGUCGGAGGGCCAUCCUCCGGCCUCACCCUCUUGGACACGGACGUGCUGGGCCCAACUUCCGGAAUGGGCCUGGGCUCGGAGGCCAGUUUCGGUGCGCCAGACCGAAAUUUUCAUGGCGGCCCCUUGCUUGCACCAACAGAUUGGCCCCCGGUCGGUGUCGCGGCUCCGGGGCCUCCACUGACUGGGCCCUGCACCGAUCAGCCUACCUGUGCACCGUCAUCGACACCGGUUGGCGUGCCCGAGCCCAGUCUCGGCAGUGGAAGAGGAGGCCGCUGGCGCAAACGUGCCGGAGGCGCAACGGAACGUCCUUCCAAAAGUCCUCGACGCGAACCGCACGGGACUCCGUGGGCAACCAGCGCCACAGGCCUCACGCCGGAAGGGAUUACGAGAGCCCCUCAAACCCUGGUCGCCGAGGAGGACGAAGAGUUUUUGCCAUGCGAGCGCAGCGGGAAGAUGGUACCGUGGACGCAGGCGUGGUUACAUCUACUUCGUUUUGCUGUCGACAACGGGGCCGAUCCUGUGGGGGAAGUCAGUGGGUCCUCAGAACAAGAUGCGGUACUCCCCUUGCACACCGACAGCAGUGUCGUCAAUGCGACAAUCGAGGAAGGGGAAAAAGUGUGGUGCAGCAUGACACAGGUUCUUGCAGACCCCCAAUCAGGCACGCUCUCGCAGCUAUACACCGACUUGCUGCAUGUGCUUCACAGACUACGGUGUUGUUCAGCGGCUCUCCGCCAUGCCCGACAAGGUGUUCUGGUGGCAGCCCACAUUACUUCCGGUUCACUUCUCGACCCCUUCAGCUACGCGCCUGCAACGGCCCAGGAAUGGCUGUUCCCAAGCAUGUUGUUGGAAUGGCAAGGCCCUCUCAAAGGCCAUAUUGCGGCCACAAUGGCCGAGGACGUUCAUAUCAGAGCCGUCCUCUCACAGCCUUCCCCACUCGCGCCACAGGAGUUGCUCCCCGGGGUCAGUACCGAGCGCACUUCUUGUGUGCUGAAGGAAGGCUUUCUUGGUUGCGCUGCCUAUGCAUGCUGUGGCCGAAUAAAGGCGGGUACACCCUGCCUGAUACCCGCUCUACAGCAGACGCCGGUCGCCUUGAGAGAUGUGGCAGUCUUCUCUGAAUCGUCAGAACACUGCCCCUUAGUCUUACAGGUUGAUGAACGCGUUCAGGGUGCUUUGCUGUUCCGAUGGGUUGCCAAGAUUUUAGAUCUCCAGUGGGAGUUAUAUCAUUUCCGACGCCAAGUUGAGGUCCUUCCGUCAAUCCCACCCGAGCAAUAUGUGCUGUCACCCUGGUCACUCCGGUGGCACUGCAUCGUUAUUCCGGUUGAUCUGCGGCCUAUCGGUGGACCGAUUGUUCUCACUGAGGUGCACCGCAACCAGCCGUGCGGACAUGUCGUGCAACAGGCCGCUCACAAACAUGGUCGUCAAGUUCCAGCGGAUCUUUUGUGCCGCGUCGGCGGGCACUGGUUUGUUCCUUCUGCGUGCACUCUCCUCCUGCCUUGUGGCGACGCACUACAGGCUUGGUCUUCUCAGCGGAUUCCUCGCUCGCCCUUCCCUCAGCGGCCCGGCUCACUAUCUCCUCGGUUGUCCCUGGAGAAUGUAUUUUCUACGAGCCUGUCGUUGCCUACCAGCGAUGCUGCAACCUUUCACCACGCAAGUGGUCACAGUGCCGUUGUCAUCUCCCAGCAUGGCUUGCAUUACGCGCAUGCACCGAGCUAUGUCGAUGCUGACACUAUCCAUGCUAUGGUUUGGCACAGCUAUGUAGGCCAGGUUGGUAGGCCCGGGGAUUUGCAUCUUAAUUUUGACAGGGUCUUGCCUCCGCUUGCAAACCUGCCUCCUGUGCAGUUCGUUGUGAGCUUAUGCCAGCCUGACCGAACUGCGUUUAUACUGGACCUUAGGCCUCUAGGGGAAGGCAUACUUGUUGAUGUUUGCCCUAGACCCGUUACGCCGGCACAAUGUCUGUUCUCGGCGUCAGGGCAGCUUGGGGAUAGAUCGGUUUCGGCCUCGUUACAGCAGGCAUUCAGCGCUAAUCAGCUCUCCUUCCUUCAGUGUGAACGCCGGGUUGAGUACGAUGAGCUCCUAGAUCCCGGCGAGCUUAUCGUGUUGGUUGUACGACUGCUCUCAGCAAUCGAGCAGCCUGAGCAAACAUCGGAACGGUCCUCGUCGCGGGCUGCCCUUCCUAGUUGGCAGCUCCUUGGUCUAGGUGGGAUACUGGCAAUCAGGCCCGCUCGCCGAGUUGCGUGGUUUGGCUUCGUACUCGGCGCUGCUAGCGCCACAUUCUUGUCCCCUGAGGUUCCAGUGAUCGCACCAGGCAUCGAGGUUUUUGAGGCAGCUGAGGCUGACUGCCCGAGGAUCCCACCUACAGGGCUGGCGUCUGUUAGCGAGCACAACCGUCUUGCUAGUCGCUUUCAGCUAGCUAGCGAUUGGGAUUUUCCCGAUUGGCGCCGACCUGUUACAUCGGAGAAUCCUCGAUAUGCUUUUCAGGUUUUUGCGCCAGGUGGCAGUCUUGGCUUUGUCGCUUCUGGCUCGCAGCCAGCCUCGGAUGUCCGACAAGCCUUGCUGGUGGCCAGUGGCAAGUUUGGGCGGCAACCCCCGGUCCCCGUCCAACCGCAAUUUCUGAUGCGCGAAGUGCAAUUUGUCGCUCCCGCCCGGGAGGCCCAUCUUGUUACCAUUCUUGUCGACAGCGGAACGAGCCUCACUUGCCUGGACGUUCCCAAAGCUAAUAGCGGCCCUUGCAUUCUCCGUGCGUUGGAGCUCCUGUAUCCACCGGACUCCUUCAGGUUGGAAUACCAUGGACUAUCACCUCUCCGACAUGGAGAUGUUGUGGUUGCCAAGCGAGAUGCCAAAGCCGAUGCGCCCGAUCUUGGUGCGUGGUCACUGGCUCAACGUGCCUCGUUAGGUGCCUAUUGGCUUGUGCCUCACGUGGAGGUGUAUCUUACUGCGCCUGCACAUAAGCUCCAGCUUCUCCGGGUACCGACCGGGUUCACUAAGUCGCAACUGCUCUCCGCGACUCUUGACUGGGUCGGAGUUGAGCCAACAGGACACGAUAUGAUCCGACUCCCGCUCCAAUCUCCAGCAGUUGAUCUUUUCUGCUGGUUAAUGCCUGAGCAGAGCACGGUCGCCGUGAUUCUUACAGACGUUUCAGACUGUGGCGGCAGACCUUUGGUGUACACGGUAGCGAUGCCAGUUGCUUCUGCCCUAUCUCUGCAGACCUUUGCGUUGCCGGGUACACAGCACGCCGCUUUCUGGCACGAUGUUCUGCGUCGCCAACCGGUGGUGCUUCGGCACUUUGAACUGCUUCCGACACAGACACGCAAUCAGCGCCACUUUCGGUUUUAUCAUCUUGGGUUAGACUUUUGCCGGGCGUUUAGUCAUGGAUGGUCUCUCACCCAGGAUAGCAGAUUCGAGAUUUUGGAACUUGCUCAGCUUCAGCCCGAGCAUUUUGAGCCGCCCUCGGACUCUGCUCAGGCUGCCGCUUUCCAUGAUCGGCCACUGCUCUGGCCGCCUACGGCACGUCCUGCUAAUUCCGACGCCCUGCUCAAGCGCCGGUUUGCAAGAGGAUGUACUCCUGCGAUUCUUCCAUCUGCUUCCGGGGCCGCCCGGCGCUUGAAUUGUCAGCAAUUCGGUGUUGUGUGUGCUUUACCCUGUCCCGAUGGCUUUCAUGUCUGGGCCAUCCGCAUCGGGGAGUGGGUCAGGGCUGCUUGCACGAGUGAAGUUGAUUGGCAGCAUGUGCUGACGCUAAGCGGGCUUACUUCCUGGGACAUGCCCGAUGUUGCGAUCCAUGGCGAAGAACAGGUUUGGAACUGGCCCACCGAAAUUGCUAGUCUGUCAGGUCGUUGUGGUCAUCUGCUGCAGGGAGGCAAGGACCCAUUUGUCUGUGAUGCUGGCCGGGGCCUGCUGCUGCAUCUUGGGUCUGCCCCGAAUACCACACUUGGAGUGCCGCUCCUGAUAUUGUUCCCACACUUGUUAGCGCUGGAUUUUGCCGAUCUUGGUUGCGCCCUCUUGUCCUCCUAG